AGGCUUCCAUUGGGUGCCAGAGUCCUCGUCCCCUUCAACCUCUCACCAGGAUUGGUUGUUUCAUUUCUUGUCUUGGCGUCUGAUUGGUUGUUUGAGCUCGUCCGGAGAUUGGAUGCCGGGAGUCAAGGGGGUGGGAGGCGGGAAUUCGUCCGGGAGAGCGUUGUUGAGCGGACGCUUGAGGGGCAGAGGAAAGCUCGGGCAACCCCGAGGCCGCGACCGGGCACGGGCGGUAGCAGCCUACUGAGGGAGAGAAGGAGGCUCGUGACCUCUCUUCCUUGUCAGCGCUCCACUGUAUUUUUUUUUUUUUUUUUUUUUUGGCGGAUAUCGGUUUCCUUUUCUUCCGUGAAUCGGAGCCUUGUCGGCGUUGCUUCGGUUUUCCCCAGAACAGGCAAGUCUGUCUCCCGUGCGGGGAAGUACGCGAAACUUGCGGGAAGUCGGCUUCCGUUUUCGCCCAACCUCCUUGCUGGCCGUUAGGAAUCUGAAGUAAACAAUAAAGCAUGAUGUCUUCGAUGUCUGAAUAUACAAUUGGUGGGGUGAAAAUUACCUUUCCUUAUAAAGCUUACCCAUCGCAGCUUGCUAUGAUGAAUUCUAUUGUCAGAGGAUUAAAUAGUAAGCAACAUUGUUUACUGGAGAGCCCUACAGGAAGUGGGAAAAGUGUAGCCUUACUUUGUUCUGCUUUAGCAUGGCAACAAUCUUUUAAUGGGAAGCCGGUGGACAAAAGCUUAAGUAAAAAAGCUGAAGUACCAUCGUCAUGCUGUUGUGCAUGCCAUUCAAAGAAUUUUACAAACAUUGACUUGAAACAAGGAACUUCACAUCAUUUCAACAGUCCAAGUACACCACCUUUAGAAAGAUAUGGCACUUCAUCAACUUGUCAAGAAGACUCUCCUGAAAAAAGUACGCUGGCUGCAAAGCUAUCUGCCAAGAAACAGGCUUCCAUAAAAAGAGAUGAAAAUGAUGAUUUUCAAGUAGAGAAGAAAAGAAUUCGACCCUUAGAAACUACACAGCAGAUUAGAAAGCGUCAUUGUUUUGAAAAAGAAGUACAUCAUUUGGAUGCAACAGUUGCUUCAGGAAAGACAAAACUCAACUCUCCAUUAGGAAAGAUAAACUCUGCUUCUCUACAAAAUCCCCCUGGUCACUGUUCCAGGUGUUGUUGUUCUGCUAAACAAGGAAACAGUCAAGAUUCCUCAAAUACCACAAAGAAGGAUCAUGGGGGGAAAUCCAAGAUACCCAAAAUAUAUUUUGGGACACGCACACACAAACAGAUUGCUCAGAUUACUAGAGAGCUCCGGAGAACAGCAUAUUCAGGGGUCCCAAUGACUAUUCUUUCCAGCAGGGAUCAUACUUGUGUCCAUCCUGAAGUAGUGGGUAACUUCAACAGAAAUGAAAAGUGCAUGGAAUUGUUGGAUGGAAAAAAUGGCAAAUCCUGCUAUUUUUAUCAUGGUGUGCAUAAAAUUCGUGAUCAACACACAUUACAGACUCUGGAAGGGAUGUGCAAAGCCUGGGAUAUAGAAGACCUCAUCAGCUUGGGAAAAAAACUAAAGGCAUGUCCAUAUUACACAGCACGAGAACUAAUAGAAGAUGCUCACAUAAUAUUUUGUCCCUACAACUAUCUUCUGGAUGCACAAAUAAGGGAAAGUAUGGAUAUCAAUCUGAAAGAGCAGAUUGUCAUUUUAGAUGAAGCACAUAACAUUGAGGACUGUGCUCGGGAGUCAGCAAGUUACAGUGUAACGGAAGUUCAGCUUUGGUUUGCUCGAGAUGAACUAGAUACUAUGGUCAACAAUAAUAUAAGGAAGAAAGACCAUGAACCACUAAGAGCUGUGUGCUAUAGCCUAAUUAAUUGGUUAGAAGCAAACUCUGAACAUCUUGUGGAAAGGGAUUAUGAAACAUCCUGUAAAAUCUGGAGUGGAAGUGAAAUGCUCUUAAAUUUACACAAAAUGGGCAUCACCACUGAUACUUUUCCCAUUUUGCAGGGACAUUUUUCUUCUGUUCUUCAAAAAGAAGAAAAGGUCUUACCAAUUUAUGGUAGAGAAGAGGCAAGAGAAGUACCAAUUAUUAGUGCUUCAACUCAAAUAAUACUCAAAGGACUUUUUAUGGUGUUUGACUAUCUUUUCAGGCAAAACAGCAGAUUUGCAGAUGAUUAUAAAGUUGCUAUUCAACAGACUUAUUCUUGGAUACAUCAGACUAAUAUUUCAGAUAAAAGUGAAUUCUUUGCUCAAGCCAAAAACAAGAAACGUAUAAGACAGAAAACUGCAGUUCGUGUGCUAAACUUUUGGUGCUUAAAUCCAGCUGUGGCCUUUUCAGAUAUUAAUGACAAAGUUUGGACCAUUGUUUUGACAUCUGGGACAUUAUCACCAAUGAAAUCCUUUUCAUCAGAACUUGGUGUUACGUUUACUAUCCAACUGGAGGCUAAUCAUGUCAUUAAUAACUCACAGGUUUGGGUUGGCACCAUUGGGUCAGGCCCCAAGGGUCGGCAUCUCUGUGCAACCUUCCAGCACACGGAAACAUUUGAGUUUCAGGAUGAAGUAGGGGCACUUUUGUUAUCUGUGUGUCAGACUGUGAGCCAAGGAAUUUUGUGUUUCUUGCCAUCUUACAAGUUAUUAGAAAAGUUCAAAGAACGUUGGCUCUCCACUGGUUUAUGGCAUAGUCUAGAGUUGGUGAAGACAGUCAUUGUAGAACCACCAGCAGUAGAAAAAAUUGAUUUUGAUGAAUUACUACAGAUAUACUAUGAUGCAAUCAAGUACAAAGGAGAGAAAGAUGGAGCCCUCUUGAUAGCAGUUUGUCGUGGUAAAGUGAGUGAGGGUCUGGAUUUCUCAGAUGACAAUGCCCGUGCUGUGGUAACAAUCGGGAUUCCUUUUCCGAAUGUGAAAGAUCUACAGGUUGUACUAAAGCGACAGUACAAUGAUCAGCACUCCAAACUGAGAGGUCUUUUACCUGGUCGUCAGUGGUAUGAAAUUCAAGCAUUUAGGGCCUUAAACCAGGCCCUAGGUAGGUGUAUUCGACACAAAAAUGAUUGGGGAGCUCUUAUUCUAGUGGAUGAUCGCUUUAGUAGUGACCCCACUCGAUAUAUAUCUGGGCUUUCUAAAUGGAUACGGCAGCAGAUUCAGUACCAUUCAACCUUUGAAAGUGCAAUGGAGUCCUUGGCUGAAUUUUCCAAAAAGCAUCAGAAAGUCAUUGAUGUAUCCAAAGAAGACAGAAAGUUUAUACAGGACAGUGAGUCUACACUUGAAGUGUCCUGUUUGAAGGACAAUCCCUUAACUUACUUAUUAGAAGCAGCAAAUCAUCUACCAACAGAAAAUCCUUGGGAAGGUGAAGCAAAAAUGUGUGCCCAGGAACUACAUUGUCCUAAAAUAACUACAAGUCCAUCUCUACCAAUAGACAUCGUCUCCCAAAAGGAACAAGAUGAUCCUGUAUUAUUGGAAGAGUCUGCCCAGACAAUGAAAGCAGAAACAAUUGUGAUUUCCAGAUCGACAAGCCCAACCUUCAACAAACAGACAAAGAGAGUUGACUGGUCUAGCUUUAAUUCUUUGGGACAUUAUAUUAUUGAUGAAAUUCUGACUGCAGCACCUAAAUUCAGGUCAUCAGAGGACUAUGCCUCUAGAGCUUCCCCUGUUGAAACAGAAAAGGGAUGUAAAACAGUUUUACCACUCACUGAUAAAUGUGAGUCCUCAUCCCUAACAGUAAACACAUCAGUUGGAUCAUGCCCUCAAUCAGAAAUUGUUAUUUCAUCAGUAAAGACUGAUGACAAUUAUUCUGAACAGCUGUCCUAUGAAGAAGCCCUGGAUCCGGACAUUGAAUUGUCUGUAGUUAGUGAAGAAGCUAAACUUUCCAUUUCAAAUAGAGCUUCUGACAUAGAAGCAGAGGAUGAAUCUAUCUAUUUUACACCUGAGCUUUAUGAUCCUGAAGACACAAAUGAAGAAAAGAAUGAACAAGUUGAAAGUGAUAGAGAUAAUAGAUGGGCUAAUAAUUCAGAUUGCGUUUUAGCUGAAGAUCUUUUUGAAAUUAGAACUGAGAAAGGAGUGGAUUCAGUCCAAGAAAUGAAAGCUGAGGAUUGCACAAAGUUGAAUAGACUCAUGCAUAUUAAAGAAGGCAAAGUUAAUGAAUACAGUAAUGUAAGAACAACCCAUAUAAAUAAAUUAGACCUGGGAAAAACUCGUGAAACAGAUAUAAAGAACAUUAAACAGUCUCCUUCCAAAAAUAAAGGUGUGUUCCCUGGUGUUAGGUAAUAAUACUUAACUGUCACACUCUAAAAAUGUAUUGUCAUGCUUAUAUUAAACUCUCUUAUAAAUGACAAUUUCUACAUUGGAUAAGUUGUAUGUUUUUUUUAUUUUUUGUAUUUUUCACUUUAAUUCAUUGUUGUUAGAGUUUCUAUUUUAUGUUCAGAAUGUUUUAUUAUUUUUGAGUUUUGAUAAACUGAUUCAUACAAAAUAUUUUCCUCCAACAAGUUUUCCUUAGAUGAAUACAAUUUAAAAAUUAACCAAUGUAAAAGAUAUGUAGUUUCCUAAGGUACUAUCUGUUUUUAUACUAAUACAUAGAAAUCAAUAGCAGUCUAAUCCAGUCAUAUUUCAGUCAUGUUUCCCUUAUAUAUUUACCUCAAAUCAGUAUAUUAUUUUAGAAAUCAAAGUUUUCUUGAAAGUUUAUUCCUGUAUUAAACUGCCUACUUAGAAGGAAUUAAGAAUUAAGGAAGAAAACUACAUGUAUUUUUAAUUGAUGUUGCUUUACAUUUUUUUCAUUUGAUAAACCACAAUCAAGCACUGAAUAUUAGCAAAUUAUGUAGUUACAAAAUGCCAAAUGAAUGACUCCAAAUUUUCAAUCCUAAUUAUUUGGCUUCAUCAUUGUUGAAAAAAGUGACAUGUUCUAGCAUGAAGGUUGUAAUUAUGAAACUGUUAACAUAGAAAACUCCAUAUAUAAAUUUUAUAAGUAAACCCAAACACGUAACUGCAGCUGAAAAAUGUUCUCUUAUAUAGGUCACUAAAUUUUUCUGUAAAUUUGAUUCUGUUUAUUUGUGAAUUUCACAGAUUUGUGAAAUGAAGUUAUACUUCUGAUCAAAAAUGGUUAUAAAAGAUGCAUUUCUCUGUCAUCAUUCC